UGUAGAAAUCCAGGGGGGUCACUGCAACUCCUGCAACACAAUGCGAAUCCUGGACUUAGCUACAGAAUUCCUCCCUAACAAUGGGGAUCUCGAGGAAUCCCUAUUAAAAAUUGUUGACAGCAGCAAUAAACACUACAUCAAGGAUGCUCUUUGGAAGAGGCAGCUCAUGAAAGUCCAAAUGAAAACUCUCCUUGUGAGUUUGGACGAGGACGGAUUUUGUACAAAAGGGAGUUUAUCCAACGUUGUUUGUAGCCUGUUUGUUCAGUACUUUGCUAGUGGGAACUAUGGAUUUGUAAAGAUAUUAAACUGGAAUGAUCUGAUUGAUCAGGAGAUUGAAAGCACACGAGAGCUACUGGAGGAGGCCAUCUCUAUUCUCAAUAAGGUUCAUAUUUAAGCUUACUUUAUUACAACUCUCAUAUGUAUGGGCCUUAAAAAUUAGGGAGCUUCUCUUUUCAGCGAAUGUCUAAUGAGCCUCUUUUAGGUUGAGAAGGGCAAUAAUGCUUUCCAUUUGUUUUUAUUAUUAUUAUAAUUUUCUUUUUCUUCUGUUUUUUUGUUCCUGUUUUAUUUUGGGGAGGGGUGGGGGUGUUAAGGGGAUCAUUAUUGGGGGUUGGGAAAGCAAGACUGGUGUAUGGAUACUUUCUUAAAUUGGCUACUUUUCUAACCUUCCUGUAAAGAGCUGAAAACUGAUGGGGUGCUCUAAAAAGCUUUAGACGGGGAGGCUCAGUGUUCCAGGUGGUCAAUUACUUGACAAAGAAAGCUUCCUGACGCGACAGAUGACAUAUAAGUGUUAUGUUACAUAUAACGAAAAAAAUUAGCAUGUGGUCUUGGUGACACCUCAGAUGGUCUUUAUGUCUCCCCACUUGAAAGAAUUAACUAAAACACUGGAGGCUCAGUGCCCCGAGGUCCAACCCCUUGUCCUUUGUUUAUACGAUUUUUGACAGAAAAAGGUGCCCCCUUCGUAUUCCUUCUAUAAACAAAUGGUACUCCUUUUACAUACUUACUUAGAACUUUACAUCCCUGCUAUAAAUGCCUUGUCUAGGUUAAAAUAUAAAUAAAUCACACAACCAGAAUGUUUAUCUUCAAAAUGAAUUUGUUAGCCCCCGAGUUUUACAGACCAAAAUGACAGAUCUUCCUACCCUUUCAUAUACCUCAAACAGUGGAUUCCCCACACUUUCAUAUACCAAAGGCCUUAAAAAGGUACCCCAUUCUGGGUGGAGCCUACGUGGCCAUUAUAGGGAGAGGCCCUAUCAGGCGGGGUCCCAUGUCGCCCAUCUGAAUUUUAAAACGUCUCGUGUCGGUGUUUAUAAAUGCUUGUCACUUAUUGUCGGCUUUGCCGUCUCUGUUGCAAUUUGGCCGAGGGAGGUUGUCUCUUGUCGCGAUUUCAUUUUACGUGCUGUCUUGGGCCAUGUCGCUUGUCAGAAUUUACCCUGGCAGGGCCUCUAGGCUGUGUUGAACCUGACAGAUAUAGUGCAUUGAAAUCCCAACUAACAAAGGCAGCAUUGAGUAACAUUGAAUGUGAUAAUAAUCAAAGAAGGAAAAAAUGAGAAAUAUCUCUUCAUCUCUUGUAUUGUUUUCUUGUAUUUUCCGCUAUAUUGACAAAUUGUUUUUAGGAAGUCCUCAGAUUUAUGUACAGUUAUAACUGUACAUAAUUAGAUUAUAAAGAUUAUAAAUUCUAAAUGGUUAUAUCUUGUAACAUAACAUUUCAUUUCCAAUUUUUGCAGUAUGCCCAGCAAAGUGGACAUGAAAGGUGUAAGGAAAUCUUCAGUGUUGUGAUCAAGAAUCAUAGACUGAAAUUAGCUGGCAAACGUGGCUGGUCUCAACAAUCCAAGUGUUUAUAUUCGACAGGAUUUCGCCUUAUAGAUACCACGGCCUCUUCGAUUUCAAGCGACAUUUGUCUCCUUGUUUACAAACCUGAUUUGAUUCCCAAUUUUCAAGUUGAGGAUGGAGUGGUAGGAGAUUAUGUGGAAACCUCUGCUGUUUUAAACAUUUGUGAAGAUCUCAUUUCUUCCCUAAGUGUUUCAGAAGAAGGAAGACAAGAAGCCCAGUGUAUUCAAAGCUGUAUGAAAACAGUAAAUGAAAGUUCAACUUUGAUGUUAAAUACAGUCCGGUCUUCUUUUCCUUGGAAUGGUAAUAUAUUAUUGCAUUUACAUUUUAGUAAAUUUAUGUUUAGGAGAUGGCAUGGCAGAGUGGUUGCCAGUCACCUGUGGUAAAAUCAUUGUGUAGUCACUAGGUGGGGUUGUUCUUGCUAUAGACUUAAGUUCUAUGCCUCAAUCCUUUUAAAUACAAAGCAAGAUGGCCUUCUCUUAUUUAAAUAGGGUGUGUUUGAUUCGCUGUGUAUAAUUCAAGAAAAUGAUAUAAGUAUUAAUAGGGACUUCUAAUAAACUCAUCCAUUGGGACUUUUGACUUUUGACUCCAUGUGAUUUCUUGGAAUUGUGAAUUUCAAAGGUGUUUUGCCACAAUUUUGUAUUGAUAUUGACAUUUUCUUUUUAUGAGUAUUUUACUGAAGUUUUGUGUGUAGCUGUUUAUAAGAUUUUAAUAAAGCAUUUUGACAUAUUAAAAAAUGAAUAAACUCUUGACUAGAAAUAUGAUUAAUUUGUUUUGGUAUCCAUUGUAUAAUUUGUAAUCUCUAAAAAUCAAAUCAAAUCAAAUGCACCUUUAAUAUGUUAAUUUAAACAUAUUUUUCUGUCCUUAUUGUGGGCCACAGUGUAAAAAAAAGUUGGUCAGCAGAAAUUGCAAAAGUCAACAAUAUUAAAGCACUGAUCAGUAUUUUUUUAACAUGCAUAUAAUGUAAUGAGUAACAAAAACAUUAAAAGUUUUCAAAAACUUUUUUCUAUCUUAUUAAAGGAUUAGCAGGUCCCUCUCCUGAUAAUCAAGUUGUUAUUGUUGGUGGAGGUUUAGCAGGCCUUAGUGCUUCAUUGUCGCUCUCUAAGGCUGGGUUUGAUGUGGUUCUGUUAGAGGCUGCUAACUACCUAGGUAGGUUGAUUGCUUUGACCUUUUCCGUGCUUUGAAUAUGCAGUAUUUUACUUUUGCCAGUAAUACUGUGAGAAGUAGUUCCAGAAAGAGUUUGAAAUUAGUUUCCAAAGUAAGAUACCAUAAAUCCUCUAUUAAGCCCCCCUCUCAAAUAAGCCCCCUUUCUCUACUAAGCCCCUCCCUUUUUAGGGGAAGAAAGUUAAUAAGCCACCAUCCCCCUCUCUUUUAAGCCUCCUCUCCCCUCCUAGCAAUGGGAGAAAUUUAUAUUUCUGAUGGGGUGCUUCUUAUAAGGCCUUACUUUUGAGUUAUAACUUAAGUAAUAACUCAGAAGUGCAAGGUUCGAGUUGGUGAGGGUUCAAGUUAUCAGGAGUCAACUGUAAGAACCACCUUAUCAAAAGCACCCCCAUUAGAAACACUGAUAAAAGUCAAAUGAUUUUAAAGUUUACCAGUGGCUGCUGGGAAUGGCUUUCAUGUUUUACUAUUCUGCAUCAUUUGAUACCUUAUGAUGUCAUCACAGUAUUUGAAUCUGUGUAUAAAAUCAUUCAAGUGAAUUCACAUGUCUUUUGUGGCUUGAUUGACCAUUGUAAAAUGGCCAGCCUCUCUCCAGUUGGAGACAUAAAAAUGCUGUUCCCAAUUAGUACUUCCAUGCAAAAUACAUUGACACUCAAAUAAAGUGAUUUUUUUUUAGUAUGAGCCACGUGGCCUGCCAUGGAUAUUUGGCACAAUAAAUGACCUUAACUGAGACAUCAUAUUUUGUAAUUAUAUAUUUUAAUAGGUGGCAGAGUAAAGCAAGCACAGCCUUUCAAAGGUUUUGGUUCUUUUGAUCUUGGUGGAGAAUUUAUCCAUGGAUCAAACACUGUCGUUAAUAAGCUUGCUCUUGAUAAUGGCUGGCUGGUCCUUCCUGUAAGUACAACAUAUGUACUAGUGACUCUUACUGCCUCAGUUUCUUGGUGCUAUAACCCCACAGAGGGAGAUACCAGUGGCAGGUCUAGAAGAGGUGCCCCCGGGGGUCACUGGGGUAAAUUUUUGCUGGGUAUGUGCCGCUGGCCUCUCAGAGCUCUUACCCCAUUAUAGUCUAUUCUGUGACCAAUAAUAGACCCAUCUUAGUCAGUUAUGUAAUUUUUGUGAUCCCAGCUAAGUCACUUUCUAUUUUUAUGAAUUGACCCAUUUUUUAAACUGAAUGAAGAACACUUCAAUUUUCACCUACAGUUCAAACAUUUUGCUACUUUGCUAACCGUAAAUAAAGUAUUGUGUUGCCCCAAAAAACCCGAAAAUGUGCAACCCUAUUCUAGUAACUCUAUGGAAAAUGCGACCCCAUUAGUCAAUCCAGUCAUGAAAAUACAACCCCAUCCAGCAGCACAUUCCCAUUAGCCUCCCCCUCAGAGAUGUGCCCAGGUGAUUUGCCACCCCUUUUUUGGACCAAAGAAGGACCACAAAACCAGCUUAAUUAGGAGAUUUAUCUUCAAUAGCAGGCUCACCUUAUCCAGGGCUCUAAAUAACCUUUUCCAUAUUAACCCUUUAAGCCCCAAGAUCCACAUACAAAUUCUCCAAACUGAUCUCCAUACAUUUGUUUUAAGAAUGGUUGAGAGAAUUUGGUUUAAGAUUGAAGUGUUCUCCCUUUGGUAAUCAGUUUAGUAAUUCUCAUAACCUUUACUCUUGAUGAUCUGCUGAUGAUGUUUGGAGAAAAUUGAUGUUGAUCGCUAUUGGGACCUAAAGGGAUAAAGUGGAUGCCAAUGGUGAAAAAAGGCGGCAAUGAUGAGGAAAGGGACUGUAAGGCCCCCUCUCCCUAAAAUCUUAACUGACAGCAAUGGUGCCACAACAUGGCAUGGAGGGGAUGAGGGGGGGGAACUUCAUUUUCACCUUUUGAAGUCAGUAAAACGUCAGAAAGGCCCUUUACGGUGCAGUGUCUCAACUAAUUUUGUCGCCGAUUGCAUCUUUUUAAUAUUGAAACCCAUGCCAUUUGUCAAGGCUUGGAUGAGUGCACCCUACCCUCCCCACUACCUCAGUGAUUUUGUUGCCUCUGCGUCCUGCGUCCCUGACGCAUAAAAAUCCCCAAAUACACAAAGUAAUUCAUGAUAUAAGCGUUCUGUAGGACGCAAGAUCCAUCGAUUGAUCUGAACUUUUGUAUUUGUAGAAAUAUCCCAUUUCUGUAAAUUCUGUGAAAGUUAUUAUGGCUGUUGUUUAAUGAUGCAUUUUUUGUUUAGCCUUUGUUGUGCUUUAAAAUAGAAGGACUAUAUUUUAAUUUCGGUAUACUGUAAUACACAGUUUUGGGGUCUGUCUUCAGAUUAACUGUCUGAUUACGUAAAGGCCCAAGCAUUUUCAAUUUCGACUCAUUUGUUCUGGACUAGGACUCAUGAUUGUUCACAAGAUGAGUCCCAGGAUGCACCAUAACUAUUUAUAACAAAAUCACUGCUCAAUGUCUGGAUAUAUGACAGUUGGUCCUCUUGUAUGAUAGUAGCAGAUAAGGCCAAAUGAACCAACCCCCCCACCACCACCACCCAAAAAAACCAAUCAAACAAACCUAAUCAAAACAAAAACAUUCCUUAUUUCACUGAAAGUCAAUAAAAGCUAAGGCACUAGAGUCACUACCUUUUACACCAGACUUUUUAAAAGAUUCAAAACAUCAAAGAGAGUUCAGAAAAUUUGUACACAUGUCUUUAACCCAUUCGCCCUUGGGAAUUUUGGCAAAAGACGCGUUUUGAAGCUAGUCGAGCAGUUUUCUGGUUUCUGCGCUAAAACUUACCAAAAAGCCUUUUGAAGUUCGUUCACUUCGCGGCCCUCUGUACCAAUAUGCAAAAUAAAAGCAAAAUACCGUAAAAUUCCGAAAAUAAGCCCCCCAAACAGGUAACGCAAAAAAUCCUCCGUUAAAUCGCCCCUCUAAAUAUAAGCCCCCCGGGAUCUUGUACUUUUGAAAAUUGCCCUCAAAUACAACGUAAAACAAAGCAAAAACAGUAAAUUUACUUCCAACUUUAUGGCUAGCCCAAUCGACUUUGAAACGCAAAUUUCCCUCCGUAGAUAAGCCCCACUGAAUAUAUGCCCCUCCAAAAAUAAGCACCUCAAAAAGGGCCUUGGGAAAAUGUAAGCCCCGGGGCUUAUUUUCGAAAUUUUACGGUAUUAGCUUCCGAUGUAGGAUUAGAUGGAAGUGCAGGUGGGUAGUGGAACAAGACUUUCACCGGAAUUUUCCGGUCAACUUUACAUGGUUUUUUGCCUUUUCCUCGGUCUCCUUGACUGAACAGUGCUCAUUCUGGUAUGUUUGAAAUGAUCUCUUUAACCUGCACAAGUUAGCAGACAAAUUUGUCAUUGACCGCCAAAACUGAUGACGUCACAAGUGAUACAAGGGACGCAGUUACGGGCGGAACAGGGGCAAGUGGGUUAAUCAGGGUCCGAAAUUAACUUUUUAAUACGGGCGCCAACUGGCGAUCAAGUAUAAAUUUUUGGUCGCCAGAGGGCAAAUUGUGGUCGCCAAAAAUUUCCCCUCCCUUUUUUGUCACAUAAAAGUUACAACACGAAUAAAAAAUGCAUGGUAUGGAUGUUUUUAUGCUCAAAAACUGCACUACUCCCGCUCCCGAUACUAGAAAGCAACCAUACGUGUACGAGUGAAGUCUUAUUUUUUUCCACAAAUUACUUUUUGGAGAUAUAAAGCUAUCUGACCUAGAAUGUAGGAACAGAAAGCUGUCUGCCCAUGACUGCACUGAUCAUAUCAAAACUCUAUUCUCUUCCCAUAACUACCACGAAACACGAAACAUAAACACGAGUCAAGCCGCCGUGUUACUUGUACCAGGCCACAACUGUGCCACAUUACUCUAGAUAAUGUACUUACCGUAUUUCAGCUAUGGAAAACAACAUGGCGGCUUGGAAACGUAGAACUCGUAUUGAUCGUAGCUGUUGUGGAGGUAUUACUACAGGAAGAUUCGUUUCACUUUUAAUUAAAAAAUAUCAGCAGGACAAAAAGUGAGACACCUGUUGGCAAAUAGCUUCGCAGUUUCUCCGAACGUUAAAGUCCACAAUAACAACUAGCCCUAACCCUAACCCUUUACAAGUCGCUUGCUGGCGACCAGCUAUGAAAUUCUGGUCGCCAGGACUGAAUUUCUAGUCGCGUUGGCGACCAGGAAAGCGCAAUUUCAGACCCUGUUAAUCAUUAAUUAUUUAUCUGUUGCAAUUUGUUUGGUAUAAAAAUCAAUACCCUUGGUUAAUAAUCCUCAGAUCACAAAUAUAACCCAGCUUGACACCCAGCUUAACUCUAUGAUGGUCGCUAGCUAUCAUUUUAACGUUUCAAAUUUUACUUGUUUCUGAGCUGCAUAACGUUUUUCCUCUAAACCUUGAAGGCAGCCCAAAGUGAAGAUGAAGAAGAAGGUGAAAAAAUUUACUACAAAGGAAAAUUUUACUCUCUGUCCAGCAAACAGCCAGAAAUUAAAGUCGCCAGAGAUACGUGGGAAGAAAUAAUCAGCAGUAGAUACAAUCACCAAGGUAAUGAAGAUGGCUCGCUGUCAGAUUUCCUGAAUGACAGGCUUCAAGACAAGGGAUUGUCGCAGGAUGUUUUGGACAUUAUUGACUACUGGAAACUAAAGAUUUCAGCUGGGUCUUUGACACAUUAUGGAGUACGUGAAGGAAGAAGGAGAAUGGAAUCGAAAUUUGAGUGGGGCCUUGGAAAUUGCAGGUGAGCUCAGUACUUUGUACGUACAGUAUAACUUGAUAGUAUGUCUUCGGACAAAGUAAUGGUUGUACUGUGCAAGAUGGUCCUAACUUUAAUUUUGAAUUCUAGUAUGAACUCGUUAAGUGUGGCCAUUCACAUUAAAGCGUUUGAGCAGUGCUUUCCUGUGGUACUGUUCAUUGUGCUUCAAAAGGUGGUUUUGCUUUUGAGGUUUUUGAUGAAAUCCUAAAGUGUGACCAUUCAACUGAAAGCUUCUGAGUAUUCCUUUCCUGUGUUACUUUUUAUUAUGCUGUACAAGGUGGUUCUAAUUUUUGAGAUUGUUGAUGAAGUACCUCUCGGGAAGCUUGUCCUUACUUUUUAUCUGUGUUUGACACUUCAGACUUGCUGAAUCAUAUUCCCAACUGGUAAAGUAUUACUUAGAUAACACCACAGAUGUGGAUAAACGACUCAACUGGCAAGUUAAGAAAAUCGUUUGGAAAGGUAAGGAGUAAACAGUCAUCUUUUAGAUAAGUAUACAGUAUGUAUGUUUGAUUCUGUAACUGUCAUUUAGGUUUACUUUUCUUGCUAUGCUUGAAUUCGAAUGUACAAGGUGUGCAAUGUUAAAGUUCGCUUUAAGUUAAACUGCAGUGCAUCAGUUUACUUUCACGCACCCGAAAGCGUGCGAGUAGCUCGAGUCUCUAUGUUCGACACACAUGCCUCUUCCGACUCUCUUUGUCCGUUAUCACACUUGUUUUAGAAGUCUUGCUUGAGGACCGUCUGCGUUCGUAUAAAAGACUUAACGACUGUAUUGCAGUCUAAGGUGUUACUACUAUUCUGAUUAAAAAUGAAGGAAGUAUUACAGAAAAAAAGCUGCAUGAUGUCACAGACGACAAUUUUUAAUAAUCAUAAUAAUUAUAACAAUCUUUAUACAGGGAGCUCACUUCACCAAGAGUGAUAUUCAGUGACGCCCUGUAAAACAAUAGAAAAAUAAAUGAUCUUAGAUAAAUAUACAGCUUUUACUGCUCUGUUUAAAAAGAAGAAGAGAGUUAAUUUCUUUAAAAGAUGCGUCUGAAAAGUUCCAUUCCUUAGCGCAUUGAUAAAAACAGUCUCUGCUUCCCGAAAUUCCUUUUAACGAGAAGAAGACGCAGUAUGUUUGUGUUAAACCCUACAACUCGAAAAGACUUCAGAACGUUUUAGAAGACAGUUUAGACUCGUGGUAUUCCCGAAAAUUAAUAAUAAAAACUUUGAGGUCGAGAAAUGGUAGUUCUAUAAAAGGUAAGGUCGUUUGAUUGUUUUCAUUUUUCCUCUGUUGCGUACUAAGGCCCAGUUCAUACGUCGUGCUUCUGCCAUGCCGACGUAAUUUUUGAAUAAGUUUGACAAAAGCACUGUGGAAGCACGACGUAUGAACUGGGCCUAAAUUUCGGCGGAAAAGUGAUCUAAAAUGUAUAACCGGUCUGGAUAACGCCCGUCAAAGACUUAGUUUGGGAGUAAAUGGCUCCAGGUCCGGGAAGUCUGGUUUAAAACGCUGACAUAACGGUGUAAAGUCGAUUUUCUAUGCAACAUUUUGUGUUGAAACAUUUACAGCUCUCCGCUAAGAAGUAUUUAUUUUCACGUUCAGUGAGCGCUAUUUUUUUGCAGAUGAAGACAGGCACAGAUUAAAUGCUGGUGGAAGAAUUCUUUUGAAGAAUCAACACGGGGAAAUUAUAACCGCUAAAUACGUCGUCAUUACUGUCCCGCUUACAAUCCUCAAAGAUAGGGACAUCACUUUUGUUCCAGAACUUACCGCUGACAAAAACAGAGCCAUAAACACAAUCCAGAUGCUUGGAGCGUGGAAAAUUAUUUGUCAAUUCAAACGCCGGUUUUGGCCCGAGAAACUUCAUCAAAUUUACAGUGUACGGGGAUUUACAAGUGAAAUAUGGAUGUGGUCACGUGACUCAGCUGUUAAUGAUGACAAGUGUCACGUGGUUGUUGGGUUUGAAACUGCUGAGUCUGCGGAACAGAAAAGUAUUCUCAGCGGUCAACAGGUCUUGGAGGGGUUCUUGGGCUAUUUGGAUGAGAUGUUCAGGUAAGAAAAUUUUGAUAUAUGUAAGUAACUUAAAAUUUUUCAAUGAAAACGCCGAAGUCAUUUCGUGGUAAAAGGAAACAAAAAGUCAGUGUUUACGAAAAAGAACGGCCCCAUUCUUCGUGAAAUGAAAACUGCUCAUAAUCCCUUAGCAGGUAUAGCAGAGCAAUACACUUUCCAAAGCAUUACACCGCUGAGUCCUGCAGCCCAAUGUAUGCCUAUUAUUGGCGUCUAGUUCACCAAGCUCAACUUCCUCUCAUUAUUGAUCACCUUACUGGAGUUUUUCGGCAUCUUAGCAGUAUACACGACACGUGUCACAAAUAAAAAAGGCCUAACUCCUCAUGAGUCUCCCCUUAGCUAAGUGCGCCCCUUCGGUAUUAUUAUUAUAAUUAUCGUCAUUAAACAAAGCAUCUGUAUGGCUUGCUGGAGUCUUCCUUAAACAUCAAGUCACCACGCGUGACCUUAGGUGUCCGGCUAAGACUGCGAAGGAUUCUGGCUGUACCCAGUAUAAGCGCGCUCUCUGCAAUGAUUCUAAACGGCAUGUGACACCAUUCUCUGUUAACCACUUUUCUAUGUCUUUCGAGACAGUUCCUAAUGCACCAAUUAUGACUGGCGCCACAGUUACUCUGCGCAAUUUCCAGAUCCAUUUAAACUCGCGCUUCAGUUCUUGGUAGUUCUAAAUUUCUUCUUUCUCCUUCCCUUUCACUCGGAUGUCAAAUGCACAAGCAACGUCAAAGUUAGGCACUUCCGUUCUAUCUUAUCCAAUACCACAAUGUCAGGCUUGUUGUGUUCAACCUUGUUGUCAGUCUGUAUUUUGAAGAAGUCCCACAGCAGCUUGUUCAGUACUGGAUUCAUACACUGGUCGUGGCUCGUGGUUGUAAUAUUUUUCUUUCUUAAGACUUGGUCUUGUUCUUCGAUAAUCAUACCCUCCAUCUCCUUCUUUAGUCUUCCCUUUUUCAGCCACUCCCACGUCUUUUAUCUCUUAUUAGUGUGUUCCUCCAAAACUGCCCUUAAAGUUGUUUCUACUGAAAGCGCUUUUUUCUUUCUUGCUGUAAUGAUGCGUCUUCACAACUUUCGCAUAAUAUCUCAGAACCUCUUCAUUAUACACUGCCUCGAACAGGGAGCCGUUACAACUCUCAACAUACCUGCUAAGUCUAUUCAUCUCACUAUUUGCAGAGUCGUCAACACUCAUUAAUCCUCUACCGCCCUCUGAUCUUUUAAAGUAAAUCUUGUCAAAAUCAGCCUGCGGGUGCAAAGCAUGAUGUAGAGUCGUCAUCAUCAUCAUCAUCAUCAUCAUCAUCAUUAUUAUUAUUACUAACAUUAUUAUCAUUAUUAUUAUUUUUUUACAGCACACCCAGCGAUGCUCGUCCUGCAACCGAUUCUUUCCUAGACUACGUGUAUUUUCAUUGGUCAAACCAUCCCUACAUUCGCGGUGGAUACACAUCCCCUACUGCCAAUGCGUACGAUCUUCGUCACGUGAUUGCCACUCCUGUUGAAGAUCGCUUGUUUUUUGCGGGUGAAGCUACAAGUCUUCGAUCGUGCUCAACUGUACCAACUGCGAUAGAAACUGGAAUCCGCGUGGCCGAUCAAGUGUGUCUCGCAGCUGGAAAGAGUCUUUGUUCUAAACUUUAAUCAGCGUUGGUUGUGAAAAUCUCGUUUUCUUUCUUAAUGAAGUUUAAGAUAUACAUAAUAUCAUCAAGUCCACAGCAACAAACCAAUGAGUGGUGCCCGAUCUCCCAGUUGUAGACCUGGAUCAGUACAAUUAAACUUGUAGAAAAAUAUGAAACGGCAAACUGAUCCUUACGGCAAAGCUUUUAGUUUUAUUUUCAUUUUUCUUUUAGCCGCUGCAGAAGGUUUGUUUCCAAACCGAAAUAUAAAUAAUGUAUUUUUUGUUUUAUUCUUUUGUUUACUUCUUCAUCGCCUUGCCGUAAGGAUCAGUUUGAAGUUCAAGACUCGGGCUUGAAAAACAUUUCAUUCAGUCAGUUCUUUGGAAUUUAAAGAACCUAGUGGUAAAUCUUACUAGUUACUUUCUGGAGACAUCUUUCAGUGUUGCGAAAGUCGUUUUUAGUGGACUGACUUGAUUGAACCUUGGGGGUGGAAAACUGGUCCACCGUCCCGUCACCGUCAGGCUGAAAAAGGGAAAAACCCUCAACCACUGCUUAUAAGUGCCCUCAGUUAUACACCCAUCUACCCGUAAACAAAAAAUACUUCCGAUUAUAACCCCCUCCAAAUGCAUUGUUUGAUGCUUGAUUGAA